AUGGGCUUGCAUUACGCUGUGCUGUUCGCGUGUGUCAUCGCAACUAUGGUGUGGCCUACGGUGGAGGACUGGGCACCCAGCUUUCACUGGACGAAAAAUAUGACCAUAAGAAACCCAGAUAACCGACCUACAUUCAACUACCCAGGACUUGAGCCCCUGCAAGAUGCAUGGAAGGUCCUGGAAGAAACAUCGAAAGAUACGUACUUCCUGAUGUUUCGCAGCGGCGAUUACGCUCAUGAGAAAUGUUUAAACGCAAGAGCAAAUAUCACAGACAAAACCAACAAGACCGCCACUUACAAAAUCGGAUUGUACAAUCCAGAGAAAGAAAUAUACGAGAAUACCACAAUACAAGUGAGAGCUCUAAGUCAAACUGACUACCCGCUUGAAAACGUUAUACGGGCAAACUUGAAAGGAACACUCCCAAGUGCUACUCCAGAUCCCCCAGGAAGCUACACGUACGUGCAGCAUGAUAACGCCACGUGCUAUUCCAGAGGUACUCCAUUUCCUGAUAGGGGUGUUGCUGCGGAGCCUCAGUCGAGUACAGAAGAAGAUGAUUUAACCGAAAGUAUCCUCGACAACUUCUUCCGUUCUCAGGAAAAUCCUCAGUAUAUAGACAUGUAUGUGGUAUACAGCGAGCCGCAAUGUUACAUUCUCAGGAGUCCCGCAGCCCUGGGAGGAUGCGAUUUGUGGCUGAGAAAAACCGAGUUGAAAAGUAUAGUGGAUUCCCUGAAAGAGGAUAUUAUAAAAAAAGAAAAGGAAGUAAUGGAGUACUGGAAGGUUAAAUUUGGAAUCGAUGAAAACUCUACUCUGACAAGAAAUCGAAAACAAUUUCUAGAAUCUACCGUAGGAAGUUUCAUUGAAAGAUGGUUUCAAGAUGUCGUAUUGAAACGGAUUUCCCCCAAUUGCGUUCUCGCCUUCAUGAUAACUUGUGGAAGCCCUUUGUUUCAAGUUUACAAUCCGGUAACCUGUAAUACCACACUAACAGAGCAAUACGACUCAAUUUCCUAG